UCCCUCCUCUGGCUGCUGCAGAUAUAGCCUGAUGUGCAGAGGGAAUGCAGCUCUCAGAGGAAUUCCCCCACCCCCCCGUUCCUAAUUUCACUCUCACCAUCUGACCCAGAGUCCCAUUACCCCUCCUUACCUCUCUUUGUUCUCCAUGAGUUUCACCCAGUUCGUCUAGUUUAUUACUCAGCACAGAGAGUUGUUGGAUGAACACUUAUUGGUGAAAUUUUGUGCAAAAAGUGGCGAGCAGAUGAGAGAGAGAGAGAGGUCGGUGGGUGGGUGGGUGGAGGAUUUUGGCUGAAAAUAGAACCCUUGUCAUUUUCUCCUUUCGCCGCUUUCUUUGUUUGGCAGGCACUUGCCAGUGCUGCUAUCCGAGUAGCUGCGAAGAUGAAAGAGAAAUAUCUUUGUCAGUGUUUGAGCGUCUGUUCUCCUCAAGCUGGAUGCCUGAGAUAAUCUGCAUAUUUUUUUAUUUUAGAUGAUUGGUUGUCAGUUCUCUAAUGUGGGUUGGAGUUCUGCUUGAAUACAAAGGGCUUGCAUUCACCUCUGAGAUUUAGUUACAUCAGCAAAAAAUGAAAAAAAAUAGCCUUACAUUUAAUUUUUCUAUUUUGGACGACCAUGGCAUAUUUGUAGGGGACAAGAGGCAUUAAAAUAUGAAAUAAUUCCUUUGUUUUGACUGUUUAGGCUUUGAGGUCAUGCAGGCCGUGGUUUAGUGCUCAUAAUAAUAUCCCGUCUCCCACAGUUUUACUGCAGAGACGGUCUGCCCACAUUCUUGGGGAAUAUACUGGGUAAUGCAGCGGGUUGCUGGAUAUAUUUUGAAAUCUUAUAUAGCCUACUUGUUCAUGUUGCCUUGCACUCUUUCUUAGACAUUCUUACCCCUCAGUGGAUCUUAGCCUGUGGUGUUUAAAUGCCACAGACAAUUUCUGUUGUCUGCUGGAUCCCUGAUCUGCUAUCCUCUUAGGAACCUGACAUGGCCUAGCAGGGUCCUUUCAGUUCCCUUUAUAAAGAAGCUUAUAUAGUAGGAGGAGAUUUUUGAAAACGCACUGCACACCCUGUCCAUCAAAACCUGUUUAGCAGUCGUAAUAACUCGGUCUCCUUGUCCCUCCCAUCGGAGGGUAAUGUGUUUAAAGGAGGCUGGAAAAUCAAGUUAACCCGCAAUGCAGACACACCCUCAUCCACGUUUGUGUGCAUGCACAGACAAGACUGUCAUUCUCCCCCAUCUUUCCCUACUUUCUUUUGUUCUGAGUUGGAUUUAAGAGUAAACUCAUGUUUUGAACAGUCAGUUUAUCCUGUUGGAUUAACACCAAGCGUUUGACUUAAUGGCUCCUCCUCAUUGACGACUGGACACAUAUGGGCAGGUUGGAGAGCCAUUUAGCGGAUAGUCUCUUAAGCUCCACGACAGGUGUAAGUGGUAAUGCGUGUCUGUCUUGGUGUGGGUUAACUCAGUGUGGUAUUAUGUGGUCUUCUAUGGUGUAAACAGACCCUUUAGAGGGCUCAGCUCUCUGGGUGAUUUCUAUGAACUUUGACUGCUGGGCCCCCCCAGACUAAAACAUACCCCGAGAGUUAUUCUCAGCAAGAACGUUGUUUUCUUUUUCCAAUCGAGUUUGACUUAAUCUUACCACAAGAAUGUUUCAGAAGCACUUUUUUUUUUCUGUCAUUUCCGUAUUUACAGAACUGGACAAAGAGGAGCUGUCCUCAGUUUUGACUUGUUAUAUCAACUCAGAAGCAGUUCUAUAAGUGUUUAAAUUGAACAUAGGCUGUAGGCUCGAUGUCAUUCUUACGAUGCAUCUUGAGGCCACCCAUUCGUUCCCGUCAUCCAUGACAGCAUCCAGCUAAUCUACAGCUAGUCUGUAAACUUCCAGGGUCUUUGCUUGUCGUCUGUUCAUUCACUUUUUGUAUUUGUUCUUUUUCUGAAGAGAUAAACAAGCACAAUUGAGUCCCUGAGAAAACUAAGUGAGAAUAAAUGUCUUAGCUUUGAAAUCUCGCUUACAGUGACAGCCAGGUUUACACGCACAGUAUACCAGAUACUGGAUCCUAUUGGCACCUCAACUGCUAUGAUUGUUAAAUAGGUUAUUAUAAACAACAUAUGGCAUUUAUGUGUCAACUCCUCUCAUAAACGGAAUACUUGAGUAUUGAGCAUUACGCACAUGGAUGUAAAUGUAGCCAUGAACUCUUCAUAAACACUGUUCUCUGUCCUCCUGGCAUUUGAAAGCAUUAUUGAAUAGAUUCUAUUCCAUUCUAGGUUCCCCGAUGAAAAUCUGUGACAUAGCGAAGCAGUUUUUUUCAGGUCACAGUGAGCUGCGUGUCUGCAAAUAUGGAGGCAGUGGAGAAAACAGCUGGUUCUGCAGCGCUGCUGCUGACUGUCUGCGUUUAUUUUCUCCGGAGUACUUUUUGAAGUAGUUUGACAGACUUUAAACACCCGUGGGCCUCGGCACAUAGACGCUAUCGAGGCUCAUUUAGGACUCCUGUAAACACUGGGCAUGGCUAUAGAGGAGAAUCUAACAGUCCUGUUAAACCCGAUGUACAGACCACAACUGUGGGUAUUCACCACAUUAUUAUUGGAGUCUUAAAAUGAACUCCGGUCAAAACACAGCAAUCAACUGUCUCUCGAUCCCUUUUGACUUCACACGCUUGGGAACAUUUUUUUUGCAUAGUUGUUCUUGUGUCUAGGUCUCAAGGUCUUUUGUCAGCUUUCUGACAAAACAGGACGAGGCUAGACUUAAGCGGGCGUUAGUGACAUGAAACCGAUCUGUUAUUACCAUAUCCAGCAGCAGCUGGUGAGACUGUGGGAUCAUGUGCUUUGCCACAGAGUGGCUUGAUGUGGAGAAGCAGACAGAGUUGGUGUACAGACUAGAGAGCUCUUAGCUAAAGCCUUGGGAUUUACGACAACCUUACAGAUUUCACUCAGCAUACUUUCGUACCAUCUGCACAUGGCUUCACAGUAGAAAUGGUUGCAGGUGGUAGUUCCUAAACUUUGCAUCUUCAUUUGCUAGUCAUAGUGAGCACAUUAGUGAAUGAAAAACAUGUACCUUCCUCCUUAAGAUCAUUGAAACCACAAUUUAAAAAAUCACACUGCGACUCUCUGGUCACAUGAAUGCUUCCGUUGAGGUGGACCUGUUCCUCUGUCGCUACUAAACCAAGUAACUUUGGGAGGACGGUAAACAUUGUGGCCACUUGGGUGUUCCUCUGGAACACUAGCACCCUGUUAUGAUGAGGAUUUAUGAGGGCCUUUUAUAUAUUUAACAGGUAAUUCACGCCAGAGUGGUAAAUGUUUUUACUCCUCCACCCUUUGUCUGUCAAACAAAACCAGCCAUAAUGACACACAGCACUUGUAUCCUAUUCCUUCCCUUUAGACAAAGGGCUGAACCAGAAUGUUGCCUUAUUUCACGCUGCCCAAGAGCUCAACAGUGGGUCUGGAUGGAGCAAGUAGGGCCAUUCAUGUUCUGUUGUUUUAGUGAUCCUCAAGCUGAGAGAACAGCGUACUUCAUUCACACUCCAGUCCUGUUUGAACACUUUGUAACUAGAAGUGGGAUCGGGUAUCAGAGAUUAUGUGGGUCUAUUAACUGAUCUUAUGUCAGAGCAUAUGGAGAACAGAGAGUGUCAGAAACUUAAAAAAGAGACUGCAAACUGGUUUAUAAAGCUGGUUUGUAAUUCAGGAUUUAAAAUAUAAAGAUUAACGGGACUCAGCGGGCGAACAUGCCGCUCCACCAGAAACAUCUCUAAAUGCCCAGUAUGGCGCAGAUUCUACUGGUUAUUUUGAUAGAAUCUUAGUUGAUAGUAAGUUAGUUAAGGUAGUUUUUGAUGCACUUGUAACGGAUUGGUACUGGGUAUCGGCCGAUACACAAGUUCACGUAUCGGUGUCGGGAAUGAAAUAUAGUAUCGGAACUUCUCCAUUUGUAACCUUUUGCAUGAUACUGAAGCUUUCCUCUGUUGUUUCAGUGUGCCAGUGUUUUGCUGUGCUGGAGGAUGGAGCGCUGGCACACAACCUGCAGGAACAGGAGAGUAAGUAGAAUGUGGCAAAAAUGUGUAGUCAUUUGUAUUAUGGGGGCUGCUCUCUAGUCUGUCUUAGUGAAGCACUACUUUCUGUGUUGUGUGGCUUCAUCUUUAGUUAUUAUGCUAAGGAAUUUACAUAAUUGUUAUAUACAUACAUAUACAUAUACAUACAUACAUACAUACAUACAAUUUUUGAUUACACAUGGUCUUUCAUUGCCACACAUUGAGACUGUCCUACCUUGUGCCAUUCUUCUCUGUUUUGCCCAUAUAGUCGAGCAAUACUAUACAACCAACAUCCAGAAGAACCAGCUAGUGCAGAACGACAUCCGUGUAGCAAAGAUGCUGCAGGAUGAGGAGGAAGAGGAGCAGGCCCAGCAGAGCACCCUCCUCAGACAGGCCUCCAGACAACUAGAGAUGGAGGACUUUGAGUAUGCCCGUGUAAUUCAGGAGGAGAUCCAGCGUUGUGCUGAGGAGGCCCGGAGGAGGGAGCAGGAGGAUGAGGAAAUAGCUAAACGAAUGCAGGAAAAGGAGAAGCAGAGAACCACGAGGAUAAGCAGAGGGCAGGAGGGCCGUAGUGAAGGCAGCACUAUCGAUCCUGCGCUACCAUCCCCACGCCAGCACACACUCAGGGGCCUUCAGCAAGGAGAGGAGCAGUACUCAUCUGCCACCACCAGGUGGCAAUGCUCUGCCUCUCACAACCAUUCAGACUUAACUGGGCCUCUGGCUGACUCCCCUAGGGGGGUAGCAGCUCAGACGCACACAACUGCAUGGUCAAAUCAAGGACACACAGAUUCCAUGAGGGAAAUCAGGAGUGAAUUGAGAGAGCGUUUGAGUGAGGAUUCAGAGGACUCGGACACAGUUUUCUCUGUGCAGCCCUCUGUCUGGUCCCAGAGACUAAAUGAAAGACUCAACACGGCACCUCCUCGACAGCGGGCAUCUUUAUAUCAGCCGCCAGAGAGAAGCUAUAGAAGUCUUUGCUCUCGCAGCAGCUUCACAGAGGAGGAGAGAGGAGGAUGGACUGAGGACUGUAAUGAAAGUGGUGACCUAGAGCAGAGGAAGCCUAGGAAUUUGGAUCAGGAAAGGAACCAUAGAGAGGAGUAUCGGAGUUUCCACAGUAGCAGAGAUCAGGAUAGAGACAGUAAGUUAGUCGAAGUGAGAGAAAGGCGAUGUAGUCGCAGUGAAUCUGUCAGGCUACAUGACCGGAGUAAACCCAGCAAUGGAGACGUGGCGAGGACCUGGAGCUAUAUGGAAAACCCAGACAAACGUGUCCGUUUUCAGGACAACACCAGGAGCUCUUACAGGCCGCAGGGUGAAACCAGACGAGUCUGGGAGAUGCUGGGCCAGGUCCUCAGAGAGAGGGGCGUGCCUGUGAGGUUCGGCUGCGACGGGGCGCCACUUCAAAUAAGGCCUCAAAGCAGAGAAAGCCAGGUGCUCCAUGGGAGUGAGGUCUCCUGCAGUGACUCCCAACCACAUCAGAGAGCUUUCCAGAGAGCUGCCACCACCAGGCACAGUUUCCAUGGAGAUAUCAGGGAGAGGAGGAGACACCAAGAGAACAGUGAGAGAGAUCACAGAGAAGACGGGGACCGGCACGGCAAAGACGUGGAGCAUGAUGGAAAGAUUUACGAGAUUAGUAGUAGAGAUGCAAAUCUUGCCAAGAGAGAAAGGGGAGGCAGUAGACGGUGGAGAGAGCACCGAUACACUAACGAGAGCGAGAGGCAUGCAAACGAUUGCAGGGUCAGGAGGACAACAAGCGAACGGAGGUCUUGGCACAAGACCAUAGAAGAAAGGUUAAGCUCAGAGGAGGAGCAGGAGGUGGAGAGGAGAGGAGAGCGGCCCUGUCGAAGAGCCGCACAGCGUACCCAAAGCCUCAGCAGCAGCCGGGCUUCAAACGGGGAUAGGUCAAGGCACGUGGCAGCAGGAGCGCCACUGCAGCCAGAGCCAGGCGAGGCCAGCCUGGACCUGGGGGAGCUGCGCCAGGUGCUACAGGAUGAAGAACUGGCUCUCAAGUUGCAGGAAGAAGAGGAAAGGCGGUUGCGCAGGAACUCCCAGCCCUCUCCAUGUCGUUCUUACCCAGAGGGAGACUUCAGAGUGGCGCAAGUGGCGCAGGAUGAGGAAAUUGCACGCUUUAUGCAGAAGCAGGAAAUUAAAUCAAAGCGAAGAUCUCGUGAGCUAGAGGGGCCGGCAUCGUGGCGCGAGCACAGCACGAUGAUCGGUGUUCAUGACAGACGGGCUGCAAGAGACAGACCGGUCCGUCGAGAGAGGCUUGACUCAGAGGGCCUUCCUUCCCCCACCGAGGACUGCUCCCCAGAGAACCAGCCGCCCAGCCCCAUCUCCACACUACCACAAGUCCAACAGAUCCGAAACAUUGCGGAAGAGCUGGACCCGACCUUCCAGGCCAGGAGGGAAAGCACAGAGAGCCUGAGAGCGGCACCAGCAGGGCCAACCUGUCAGUCACUUCCCAUGCCGCAAUCUGGCUUACAUGACUUACUCGAGGAGGCUACUUUCAUCCCACCCACAAAACGGCAAACGGACAAAUCAGGACGUGCAAAAUCCAAAGAGAAGAAGGACAAUUGCAAGCAACAAUAAUUUGACACAUUCUGUUAGUGAGUGAGUGUGUGUAUGUAUGUAUGUGUAUAUGUGUGUGU